AAUGGAGUAGGUCCACAAGGUGAAAAUGCUGAACAUGAUCAACAAGAGGAAACCACUGAACAAAACCAGCAAGAUGAAAAUGGUGGACAAGACCAACAAGGUGAAAAUAAUGGAAGAGGUCCACCAGAUAGUGGAAACAAUGGAGUAGGUCCACAAGGUGAAAAUGCUGAACAUGAUCAACAAGAGGAAACCACUGAACAAAACCAGCAAGAUGAAAAUGGUGGACAAGACCAACAAGGUGAAAAUAAUGGAAGAGGUC